AUCUGCGGUACCACAGUAGCACCGCUUCGUGCAGGGUCAAUGCUAGAGCGGUUCAGUGCCAUUCAUAUGAAGCUCAUGGCUACAAACGGGUAGUUCACACUAAGCGGGGUAGAAUCAACACGCGGAAAAGCCGGUACCAUCGAAAUUCGCGGACACUUCCGUUAAUUGUUUAGCAUUUUUUUCACUUCGGGCGUUUUGGUUGCCACAGACUCUGACAUUAUCAGCAAGUGAUUUACUAUUGUUUAUUGGGUGCUAGAUGAGCCUUAAGACUAUGUGAUAAUGUGAUUUAGUUUGUAGCCAUUGAACCACAAGCUUUAGAUCGUGAUAAUUGAUAGAUUUUUUAAGGCGCACUCUUUAUGUACAGCAACGAAUCGUCUAAAUAAUGUUGAAAGACUAUUGCCAGAUAAACUAAGCGAGUACGAGUAGUUUGAAUGACAAUUGAGUGCCAAUCACAAUGGAAACCUGCGUUUUGAUCCCACAAGAGUUUAGUCUAUGCAUUAGAAGCCAGGACAAGAGUCCCAAUGGAGAUCCGGAAGUUUCAGUCUGGAGCAACUCUUCCAUUGCCCAGGGUUCGCUCUGUUAUCCCUUCCAGGGUACCAUCAGGAUUGACAAAUUGGACGUGUAUGGGACUUUGGAUGAGGAUGAUAUCCGGCAUCGUUUCGGCUGCUACGAUGAGGUGUCGUCAAAUAACGGGCACAAAGUCCGGCACUGUAAUUGGGUGCGAUUUGUGCGAGUUGCAUCUGCAUUUAAUCCUUCGGUGAAUUUUGUGGCCACCAAAGUCCGCGGGGAACCCGUAUAUGAAGCUGUUAAGCCCAUACCGCCAGAUACCGAGCUGCUGGUUUACUACUUGCCUGAAAGACCUGAAGAGUUAUUUUUCGUCAGAAUGAGAGCUAGUUUAUACAGGCAGACGAUGGACUCGAUAUUAGAAGAUUCUCCCCUUGAUCUCUCCAUGUCGCUGCUCACUCGCGCCCUAUCCGGUUCUCCACCAUCCGAACAGGAUGAACGAAAAUCGGUUUCCGGAGAUUCUUCUGCCGCUUCUUCGCAGGGCGAUCUUCCAGAGUCGACUGUUCCCACUCCGAGGGCGCGGCCCCGUGAGCGCACGUUACUCCCAUGUGGAGUUUGCAGUAAAGCCUUCGACCGACCGUCUUUGCUGAAGAGACAUAUGAGGACGCAUACAGGUGAAAAGCCUCAUGUUUGCAUGGUUUGCGGCAAGGGGUUCAGCACAUCGUCCUCACUCAACACCCAUCGAAGGAUCCACAGUGGAGAGAAACCUCAUCAGUGCCCGGUUUGUCUUAAGCGGUUUACAGCGUCGAGUAAUCUUUACUAUCAUCGCAUGACGCAUAUUAAGGACAAACCACACAAAUGCAACCUUUGCAGCAAAUCGUUCCCAACUCCAGGCGAUUUAAGGUCGCACAUGUAUGUCCAUUCCGGGUCUUGGCCCUUUAAAUGCCACAUUUGCUCCAGAGGAUUCUCCAAACAUACGAACCUAAAGAAUCACUUGUUCCUUCAUACAGGCAAACCAAACGGAUCAACCAAGAAAGGAUAAGUUGUGGAACUGAACUCAAAGCCGUUGGCUGAAUCUCCAAAAUAAAAUCGGCAUAGUGUUAUGAAUGAACGACUUCUUCUGCUUCAAAUAGGGGAAGUCGGACUAAUAAUCGACUCUAAGUAGUGAACGAUUUUCCAAAAAACUUUUUCCAGACUAUCGGAGGUGUAAAUUGGUAUGUACAGGCUGUGUUAUAAAUGUUUCAAAUAAUGGAAAUUGAAGAAGGAACAAGCUCUUUGACCGUCCAUUUUUUCCUUGUAUAAUUUGCCGUCGUGUAGCUCUUAGUAUAUUCGUCCAUUAAAUCAAGUGAUAGAGGCUUAAGUUCAGUGGUGAUUGCAUUCUGCAACCGAAAAAUGGAUAUUAAUUUAGGGAACGUUUGCAGAGACAUUUACCAGAAAAUGCCAAUUUAGCGGCAUCACUUUUCCUAGUUGCUCUUCUAGUUUAAACUUAAAUUGCACUAAUGGUAUUCGGGCCUUGCAAAUGUUCGUUAGUCAUUCUCUGAUUAGGUAAGGUUAAUUUAUGUUAUUACUUGUUAUCGAAAUUUUUUACUUAUUUAUAUUACUUAGAUGGUUUAUGUUGUGUAACGACUAUGUACUAUGCCAUUAUGUAUAAAUUGUAUAUAAUUUUAUAAUAAAAUAUUCUUAUUGUCUUA